GGUUGUCUUUUCUUCGCUUGUUGGUUGACGCAUGCGCAAACCAGAAACACUGCCUCCAGGGCGAGACAACGGCGACAAGACACCGUACAAAUGGAGGAGUUUAAUAAUGGCGACGAGGUGGCCUUUAAUGCUGAUGAAGUCACUAAUAACAUUAAAGAGUGCAUCGAGGGAGUCAUUGGCGGGAUGGACUACAGUCAAAGUAAAGUGAACCAGUGGAGUGCCAGCAUUGUGGAGCACUCUUUAACUCACCUGGUCAAACAAGGACGCCCGUUCAAGUACAUAGUUAACUGCACCGUCAUGCAGAAGAGCGGCGCUGGUCUGCACACUGCAAAUUCGUGCUACUGGGACAACACCACGGAUGGAAGCUGCACAGUCCGAUGGGAGAACCGCACCAUGUAUUGCGUGGUCAGCGUCUUUGCCGUCGCUAUAUAAUGGCAGAAAAACCUCGUCGGGACCGUGACGAUCCUCUUUGCUAGCUAACUUCCAGUAUUUAUCCUAACAAUCCAACACCCUGGGACUGAAAUGAAUAAUUUUAUCAUUUUCAGGAUGCCAUGAUGAGUCAAGCGUGUCGCCAUACAAUAUGUGAUCAUUCCGACGUCUUGAGGACAUUAUGCAACGCAAAUUGAACUUUUGCUUUGUAGUAAGGCCUCAGGUGUUUCCAGGUAUUGUGACGUCCCCCUUGUUCCAUUCCGAAAUAGUCUUGUCCUUGCAGUACUUACAUGCACAAAGGAAUGAUUUAUUUAUUACUUGUUGUUUGGCCGAAAUGUGUUCAAGAAUAUUUACUCAGAUGUCUUGUUUUGUUCCAGGAUUUAAUAGAUAUUUUAAAAAAAGAUAUAUUGUAAAGUUGCCCCCUUUAAUUAUAAGGAAGUUAAAUUUUGUGUUUUUGAAAAAAAAAAAAAAAGUUCAUGAUCAUUUGUACCGUUAGUGACUUAAAAAUUAAAACAUCUGAUUAGGAUGAAAAAAAAUAACUAAGUGUGCACACCAUCAUAAUUGGAGUUAUGUGGAUGUGUUUAGAAUUAACGAAUCCACAUUUAAUCAUCUCAUUCCUGUUAAAUUGUACUUAGUGCAAUGUAUUAGUUAGCCACUAGGUGGCUCUAAAUUAUACACUUUCCCUUACGUCGAUUCGCUGAUUUAAAAAUAAGAAAUGGCCAGCGUAAUCAUUGGAAUAAAUCUCCUUUUGUCCACUA